AUGGAUGGUGAAUUUGAUCGUGAGGUAGAUGAUGAUGGGUGGGGCCCGUUAUCUCUACAGGCAGAGUGGAUCUUAAAGGGCAUAGGGAAAGAAGAUGGAGUUGUGGUGACAGUGAAAGGGAGGGAAAAGUAUGCUGAUAUGCUGCUAGAGCUUAUCGAAGGGAGGGAAAAUGAAAGAUCCUCACUAGGAGAUCUCAUCUGGGCAUGUGGGAAAGAAGAGCUAGCAAAAGGAGAAGCAGCAAGGAAGAAAGCAGUGCCAGGCGGCAUUUUGCUCCGCAGAAAAUAUAAACAGGCCAUAAAAAAGCAUUUUAGAAGACUUGCUAGGGGGCAGACGUUGGGAGUAGCCCACCGAGGGACAGAGCAUCUUACUAAUGAAAAAAAGGCAGCUGAGAAAGGCUUGACAGGGAUUACCCCCACCCCAAAUACAGACAUGAGAUUAUUCAAAUCAGCACACACACACAGUAAGACACAGAAGGACAAACCCACCAACACAAAGGGUGCCACCCCAGCUCCGCCUCCACCAGCUACCCCUCCCUCUAUCCUGCCUCCUCCCACUGCUGAACCAACGAAUCCUUUCUCAGGUCUCCACCCCUCAGCUCCGCCUCCCACAGCUCCGCCUCCCAAAGCUCCGCCUCUACCCCCACCUUACCACUCCGCUCAGUCUGGUUUUCACAGAAAAAAACUCUCACCCACUAAUCCUUUUGUGAGCACUUCUCUCUACCCAGUGAUCAACAUCAAUGAAGGACACCUGAAGAUUGACCUACCCCCCACCAUGAUGCCUCAACAGCCGGACCCCUCCCUGACUUCUCACAUCCCUGGACACAAGGCACCAUCCAUGGCCUCUAGGACCUCUGGUACCACCACCAUCGACCUCUCAGACUACGAGGACAGAGAAGGCAACGAUACCUACCGAGACAUGGAUGAAAACAGCGAUUCUGAAGCCGAGGACAGCGAGGAGGAAGAGGAGGACCAGCUCGAUGCACCAUUUGGAGACCGUCAGGCCCGCUUUUUGAGUGAGUUUAAAAAAGAAUUACAAUUUAAAUCUUUGCCCACACCAGAUUCACUGCCCGCUCCUGAGCCACAGCAGAGAUCCACCCCCAGGGGACAGGUUAAGACGGUGAUACCGUCCCCGAACAGAGGCUCACAGAGUUCACAGAGUUUGCCCUGCACGGCCCAACUCACGGUAAGAGGUACAUAUGACCCCAAUCCUACCAAGAGCACUCUCAAUAAAAUACUGCAAGACACCCUAGAUGUUACAGGUGCAGAGCUCAUGCGCAGCAGAGUGGAGGAGGAACUCAGACAGGAAGUGAGAGACGAGAUGCUCAGCACCAUGAGAGAUGAGAUGCAGAGGACCAUCAGAGGCUCCACCGUCAACUAUACGGAUAACACGGACGCCAGUGAAGCCAUGACCUCUCAGCCACCAUCACUUCACACGCUCAAAAGCCAUGUUACCGCCAGCAUAUUCAGACACAGCUACAGCACACCACAGCUCCUCCGCUUUCCCUCUGGUCGAAUCCAGUGGUGGACACAAAAUCUAUAA